UUUUUUUUUUAUAAUAAAUAUCCAACAGCUUCUAAGUGGGCAAGACACCCCGAUGAGUUAAGUGUCAGUUAUUUUACUUUUUUUUUUUUCUUUCAAAAACCCUAAAGGUUUCACUGUGACAAGUUCCAGGUCAGAAAUUCAGCGCCGGAUUCUGUUGUAGGUAUCGCUUACGCAGUUAAUUCGACAAUAAAAUUCUCACGAGAUUUUCACACUUGCAGUUUAUUUAAUAUUCAUAUCACAGAAAACGCAGGACAAGAUGGCCCGAUAUAAUUUUUUAUAAAUUUAAGUCGCGAUGGAUAAAAGCCCUCAGUUUUUUUUUAAACUGCGUCGAAUAAAGACGUGAGUGAUAGAGAACGUGAUAGAAGUAAAAAAAUACUAAUCGCUUGAAUAAUUUCAAAUCUGGACAAUGAGAAAACUCGUGGGUGUUUCAGAGCUAGCCAAUCAGAAGUCGUUUACCCAAAAGCUUGACGUCUAGCCACGCGUUAUCGGUGCCUUUGAAGCAGCUAUAAGAGCGGGGUCUUAUGUUUAUUUCUUCAUUCUUCAGAAAGUCUUCAAACCAGACGGUCUCGUCUCCCCAUUCUUGUCUUCGUUUUCAAAAACAAUUGUUUUAUUUUUUUUUUCAAGAAACGUCAGUGGUGUUGUAUUCAUAAGUUAUCUAUCUAUUAACAAAUAAACAAUUAAUCAAAAAAUGGAGUAUUUCUAUCAACCAUCAGUGGUAUUUAACUAUGAAGCUGCAGAACGUAUUAGAAUGCAGCAUGCAGUUCAAAAUGCCCCAUCCUUGCCGUCAACAAUCACCGUUACAUUAAAAGGAAAAAAUUUGUGGCAAGAAUUUCAUAAUCACAAUACCGAGAUGGUUAUUACGAAGCAGGGACGACGAAUGUACCCAGGGGUCGAGGUCAACGUCGCAGGGCUAGAUCCAAUGACGUAUUACUGUAUGCUGUUGGAAAUAGUCCCUUCGUCAGAGCACCGGCAGAAGUAUGUGACCAACGAAUCAGCAAAUCGCCCGGGUGCUAAAGUAAAGACUGGGCGAUGGACUAAUGCCGGAGCAGCUGAACCCCAACCACCACUAGAACGUCGAGUUGUUGUCCAUCCCAACAGCCCAGCUACAGGUGAUCAUUGGAUGCGGGAGUCUGUGAGCUUCGCCAAGAUCAAAAUAACCAACAACACUGAUGAUCAGCAGAAUAAUAUUCUUCUCUGCUCGAUGCACAAAUAUGUCGCCAAGGUUUGGGUCAUCCAGUCGUCGCAAACCAAUCUAAUUGCUCUUUUCACGCAGCCCUCCUCAAAAUUCAUCUUUCCUGAAACGGAAUUCAUAGCAGUCACUGCUUAUCAGAACACAACGAUAAAAGUAAUAAAGAUCGACAACAACCCAUUCGCAAAAGGAUUCCGACAAAACGGCAAGAGGAAGAGCGGAGAGCUCGCGCCUUUGAACCGCGAGGACGAUGGCUCUGAUGACGAGGAAAUAAAGCGCCCGACAAAAGACGACAGCGGGAUCAGCAGCAAUGGAGCCAGCCCACCACCGAUGAUGCAAGAAGAAGAGACCCAAGUAAAAUUACAUAGACCAUGGCUCGAUUCUUCUUCUCCUACUCCUUCAUCUUCAUCCUCUUCACCUCUGUUAGCUCCGAUACCCCAGAAGCCGUCGACAUCAACUGGAGUAAUCUUUCCUCAGAGUCCAUUCAUUUCGACAUAUGAAAACGCUUUUACCGCGUCGGUGCUGGCUCACCCAAGCGUACACGCUUUUCAUGAUAACUACCCCGCCGGAUAUCUAGUUCCCCCUCCCUGGUAUCGAUAAAUCCGCUUCUAGAUCCUUCCUUCCUAUAGUAAGAUUUUACUGUAAUAUAUGUGAAGACAAACUAUUCGUAACGUGAUUGGUCAAGGGCAAAAAAUAUAUGCGAAUGAUACAAAAAUAUACAUUAAAAUAAAUAUAUGAAAAACGGCACGCGAAACGUGCACCCUAGUUUUAAUAAAAGGCUAGUGAAUCCGUUUUUCAUGUCAAAGACAUAAGACGUACUGAACCCAAGCUCGUUAUAAGCAGCCGUCACAGGUUGACAGGAAGAAAUCGUCACGAAAAGUGCGAGGGGGAGCUUAUAACGAGCUUUGACCAUUUGUAAAUAUCUAUUUAUAAGAAACCAAAGUUUUAGGAUGUAUAUUUAAAGACUGUACAUGAAAAUAACGUUAUUUUUUUAUAUUUUAUAUAUGUUAUACUAAUCUUAUAGUUAUAAGA